AUGAGCAGUGAAUUUCUGGCCGAGCUGCACUGGGAGGAUGGGUUCGCCAUCCCAGUGGCCAACAAGGAGAACCAGCUGCUGGAAGAGCAGUUACUAAAGCUUCAGGAUGAAAGGUCAAGCUUGCAAGAUGAGCUGCAUGACUUUGAAGAUCGAAUUAAUGCAAUGACUUCUCACUUCAAAAAUGUCAAGCAAGAAUUCUCAUUAACACAGUGUCUUUACAAAGCAAGGGAGCGUGAGAUUGAAAGUGAAGAACAUUUUAAGGCCAUUGCCCAACGAGAACUGGACCGAGUGAAGGAUGAAAUCCAACGACUCAAAAAUGAGAUGGCUGUAAUACAUGAGAAGAAAAAUGAUAAGGAAAGUAGCAUAUUUAAGGCUACUCAAAAAUUGGAUGGUUUGAAAUGUCAAAUGAACUGGGACCAGCAAGCAUUGGAGGCCUGGCUAGAAGAAUCAGCUCAUAAAGACAGUGACGCCCUCACUUUGCAGAAGUAUUCACAACAGGAUGAUAACAAGAUUAGGGUACUGACUCUGAAAUUAGAAAGACUAACUUUGGAAUGUCAUCAGAAAAGAAAGAUUCUUGACAGUGAACUUACAGAGACUUUAAGUGCUCAGUUACAAUUGGAUAAAGCAGCGCAAGAUUUUCGUAAGAUUCACAGUGAAAGACAAGAACUCAUUAAACAAUGGGAGAACACAGUAGAACAGAUGCAGAAGAGGGAUGGAGACAUAGACAAAUGUGCCUUGGCAUUAGCAAACAUAAAACAGCAAAUACGAGAAAAAGAAAAUUUGGUUAAACAAAAGAUCAAGUUUUUAGAGAAUGAGGUUGGAAAUAACAUAGAGUAUGAGAAAAGGAUUGCUGCUGCUGACCGUAAAGUGUUAAAAUGUAGAAUAGAAUACCAGCAACAUGAAACAAAUAGAAGUCAGCUGAAGGAUGAGCUGGAUUCUUUAAAAGCCACCGUGAAUAGAACGUCCAGUGAGUUACAAGCUCUGAGAAAACAUUCUUCUAAAAUAAAGAAAGAUAUUCAGGAAGCAACAGCAAGGUUAUACAAAAUAAAAAAUCACAAUCAGAUUGUAAAAAGAAAAUUAGACAUGAUAACUGAGAAAACCAUGAGUGUAGAAGAAAAAGCUACCAAUUUGGAAGACAUGCUAAAGGAAGAGGAAAAAAGCAUAAGGGAAGUGGAAGCUCAAUUGAACAUAGUGAAAGAUGUGUUGUUUAAGAAAGUUCAGGAGCUACAGGCUGAGACAACAAAGGAAAAAGCGAUUAUGUCAGAAAUUGAAGGAACCCGUUCCUCUCUGAAGCAUCUCAACAAUCAGUUACAUCGGCGGGACUUUGAAACCUUGAAGCAGCAAGAAAUUAUGUAUAGUCAGGAUUUUUACAUUCAGCAAGUGGAACGGAGAAUGUCACGGUUAAGGGGAGAUAUUAAUACAGAAGAGAAACAAAUCCUUGAAGCAAAAAUUGUUGAACUCAAGAAAACACUGGAAGAGAAGCAAUCAACAUGUACCAUUUUAGAAACACAGAUCAAGAAGCUUCACAAUGACCUUUACUUUAUCAAGAAGUCAAACAGUAAAAAUUGUGAGGAAAAGCAGGUUUUCAUGAAUAAAAUAAAUGAACUAACACUUUUCAUCGACAGAUCAGACAAAGAACUUAAGAAAGCCAAAGAAUUUAAAGAGGAAUUGAUGAUAGAUUACAAUCUUUUAAAACUGGAGGUUAAGCGCACUCGAGAACUGCUUCACAGUAAGGCUGAGGAAAUUGUUUCACUGGAAAAAAGAAAACAGCAAUUACGUACAGCCAUGGAAGAGCGAAGUGAAGAAAUUAAGGUUCACAAAACCAUGUUGGCCGCCCAGAUACGAUGUGUGGAUCAAGAACGGCAAAUCAUAAGGUUUCAGGCUGCUCAAGAAAAAGAAGAACUUCAAAGGGAAGGUGACAGUUUGGAUGCUCAGAUCAACAAAGCAGAAAAGGAAAUUUAUGCCCUCGAAAACACUCUGCAAGUUCUGACCAACUGCAAUGAUCAUUACAAACAGUCUUUUAAAAAAGUGACACCAACUAGUGAUGAAUAUGGGCUAAAAAUUAAACUAGAAGAACAAAAAAGAAUUGCUGAUGAAAAAUAUCGAUACAAACAAAGACAAAUCAGAGAAAUUGAAGAAGACAUCCAGAGCAUGGAAAAUACUUCAGAAGUUGUAGAACAUUUAACAAAAACUGCCAAGGAAAAAUUGUCAGGGAAGCAAGAUUAUUUGCUCCAACUACGUAAAGAUACUGAGGAACAGAAGCCAAAAUUAGAGAGAGUCACUAAACAGUGUGAGAAACUCAUAAAAGAUAUCCGUCUCUUGAAGCAAACACAAGAUGAAACUCUAGAGGAACAAGAUAUUAAAUUUCGUGAAACAAAACAGUUUCACAAGGACAUUGAUGAAAUGUUAAUUGAGAUAGCAGAAAAAAAUGCUGAUCUCCAAGUUGUCCUCCAAACAUACUUUCAGCAGAAUGGGUUGGAAUUCCCUACAACUAGUAAACGCAGUCUUCAUAGUUCUAGGUCCUCUUCACAGUCUUCCCUGCGAUCAGGAAGGUCAACUAGGAGCUUCAGUCCUACUGGUUCCCAGUCUUCGAUUAAAGUGGUAGAGCUCAGCUUCCCUGACUCAGCACAAGCAGACAGACAUUCCAGGCCACCUAGUACUAGUAGUUCUAAUAAUGAUAAAAACAAAAAGACC